UCAUACUCGAAGGACCCAUGCGACAAUUCGGAAACUGAAAUUUGAAAGCGCGUUCAUGUUGACCUCAUUCUAUACAACAUUAAUCCCACUUUGUGCAUGGAAAUAAAUUGUACGAAGGCAAACAACUUGGAUGGAUAUAUUUGAGUAACGUGUAACAUUGCAAUUACAUUUGGGAGUUAUACGGCCUACAAGCAAAUAUUGAACGUAGCUGGAAAGCUUGUAAACUAGCUUGCUAACUAAGUUAGCUAACCCGCUCACUUGACAUCGAGAAAUUGAAACCACUCACGCAUGUAGGGUGUCGACUCGUUUUCAUCUUAGGAAAGUGAUGUCCAUUUGUUGUUUUAAUAGCUAGCUUGGUGCUCGCGUUAGCUAACUAAGUUUGCAAGUUUCAUAGUGUAUGGUUGUGGAAUGAUCCGACUUGUCAACAUCAGUUAGCCAAACACACCAGUUAGCCAAAACAGCCAUGAUGAAGAGGAGGGGGGAGGCAGCCUCCGAGUCACUGAAACAGAAUAAAAAACAACAUCUUGCAGAUGCCAGCUCAGAUGAAGAGUCACCAUUACUAACAACAAGUCAGGACUCUAGUCAGAGUGACUCCCACAGUGACCCCGAGGACCACAGACCAGGAUUCUCCAUGCCCACCAUAUCCCAGAAUGCAUCAUCCGCUGUCGAUGUCAAACAGGGCGCCGCAAACCAUUUCCCCAUGUACAACAGCGUUUCACAGAAACUCAUGGCCAAAAUGGGUUUUAGGGAGGGCGAGGGUCUGGGUAAGUUUGGCCAGGGGCGCAAGGAGAUCAUUGAGGCAUCCACCCAAAGAGGAAGGAGGGGACUGGGGCUCAUGCUGCACGGCUUCCAGGGAGAGCUCAAUGUGGACUGGCAAGACGAACCUGAGCCUAGUGCUGUAGAAGACGUGAAAUGGUUUCCAGAAUGCUCGACAGAGAUCCCAGAUGCUGAUGAGCUGAGGGACUGGAUGUCUGUGGGUCCGAGAAAACUGAAGAUCGAGGAUGAGACUGAGUUCUGCACUGAAGAUCUUUUACACAGCCUCCUGAGAUGCAAGUCAGUGUUUGACAACCUGGAGGGGGAGGAGAUGAGGCGAGCUCGGACACGCUCCAACCCCUAUGAGACCAUCCGGGGAGCUUUCUUCCUGAACCGAGCAGCUAUGAAGAUGGCUAACAUGGACCAUGUUUUUGAGUGCAUGUUUACCAACCCAAAGGAUUCGCAAGGGAAGCCCCUGACGCGGGAGCGAGAGGGCGAGCUACUAUAUUUCGGAGACGUGUGCGCAGGGCCAGGGGGCUUCUCGGAGUACAUCUUAUGGAGGCGGCGCUGGCACGCUAAGGGCUUUGGAAUGACACUUAAAGGACCAUGUGACUUUAAACUGGAAGACUUCUACGCCGCACCCAGUGAACUUUUUGAACCCUACUAUGGUGAAAGAGGGGUCGAUGGAGAUGGUGACAUCACUCGUCCAGAGAACAUCAGUGCAUUCCGCAAUUUUGUUAUGGAGAGCACGGAAAGGAGAGGUCUGCACUUCAUUAUGGCUGAUGGGGGGUUCUCAGUGGAGGGGCAGGAGAACAUCCAGGAGAUUCUAAGCAAACAGCUCCUUCUGUGUCAGUUCCUCACAGCAAUGUCUGUGCUAAGGACAGGUGGUCACUUCCUGUGUAAGACCUUUGACCUGUUUACACCGUUUAGUGUGGGACUGAUUUACCUGCUGUACCUCUGCUUUGAAAGGGUGUCGCUAUUCAAACCCAUCACCAGCCGACCCGCCAACUCAGAGAGAUACAUAGUGUGUCGCGGUCUAAAGCCUGGUUCAGAUCCAGUCAAAGAAUAUAUGUUCACGGUCAAUCUGAAACUCAACCACCUGAAGAACUCAGAGUCGGACGUCAACGAGGUGGUGCCCAUUGAAGUCAUCAAAGGAGACACUGAAUUCUACAACCACAUGAUCAACUCCAACGAGAGCCACUGUGUAGUACAGAUCAAAGCCCUGGCAAAGAUCCAUGCCUACGUCUUAGACACGACCCUGUCAGAGGCCAGGCAGGCUGAUAUUCGUAAGGAAUGCCUGAAGCUUUGGGGGAUCCCUGAUAAGGCCAGAGUCACUCCUGCCUCCUCAGACCCCAAGUCCAAAUUCUACGAGCUGAUGAAGGGUUCUGACAUUGAGUCAUUGAACUCCAAGCCCACGCCUCUGAGUUCCACCACCCUGGAUAAGGUGCAUCACGUCCUUGAUUACCGGUGCAUUGUGGGAGGAGGGGAGCAACUCUUCCUUUUAGGUCUUGGGAAGUCACAGAUCUACACGUGGGAUGGCAAGCAGCCUCUGCGCUGGAGGAAGCUGGAGAACUUCAAGCUGGAGCUGCCCAGAGAUACCCUACUCAGCGUAGAGAUCGUCCAGGAGCUGAAGGGAGAGGGUAAAGCCCAGCGCAGGAUUAAUGCAGUUCAUGUGCUGGAUGCCCUGGUCCUCAAUGGCACAGAUGUACGCAUACAGCACUUCAACCAACGAAUCCAGAUGGCAGAGAAGUUUGUGAGAGCAGUUUCAAAGCCAAGCCGACCAGACAUGAAUCCUAUCAGAGUGAAGGAGGUAUACAGGCUGGAGGAGAUGGAGAAGAUCUUCGUCAGACUGGAGAUGAAGGUGACUAAGAGUUCAGGCGGCGUCCCCCGUCUGUCCUACACUGGCCGUGACGACCGCCACUUUUUGCCCAACGGACUCUACAUUAUCAAAACUGUCAACGACCCUUGGACGAUGGCCUACAGUAAGAACUCCAAGAGAAAGUUUUUCUUCAACAAGACAACAAAAGAGUCCACCUACGACCUGCCAGCCAACUGUGUAGCACCCUUCCACGUCUGCCAUAUGGAGCGUCUGUUCUGGGCAUGGGAGGACGGGGUCAGAGUUCACGACUCUCAGAAGCGAGUAGACCCUGAGAAGCUGUCUAAGGAUGAAGUAGUCUCCUUCAUCCACCAGCACUACCAACCCUGAACCAUUAGAGGGAGACCUCUGACAAUAUCACCAGGAGCAGGCAUCCAUGUUCCAGGAAAGUGGAAGGGUAUGCAGGAUUUUGCUUUAACUGAGCUGGAAGACAAAUUAUGUUGAAUUCUGUGAAUCAUUGAACUGAGUCAAUUGUUCAGUUCAGUGAUUGAAAAAAUCCAUUAUAGCUGGUCUUUCAGGUAAUUUAAAGCAAAAUACUACACUCCUUUUAACUCCCAGAACCAGGGUUGAAUAUACCUGCAGUAGACAAUUACAAUUUCCUGUGUACAGUGUUUGACAAACUGCCAUUUACAAGAAUGUGUGUGGAAAUAAUGUUGGCUUAAAAAAUAUAGAAUAGAUAGUGAUAAAACGAUUGGUGCCAACAUGGAAGACAGUUUGCCCAACUCUUGUUGUCACAUGUAGACAGACCACUCUAAUGCUCUAAGCUCCUGAUCCGAUUAACUGUACAGAAUGUGGCUAAGAUAAGAUUUUAAUACUUUAUGAAGAAAAAUAACAGUGAAAAGCUGUCACGUUACAAGUGCUUUGCAUGCUCCUAUUUUUCUAUUGAGUUAAUGACCCCCCCCCCCCCCCAAAAAACACACCCCAUUGGCUUGAAUUCUUGCAGUCUCCACGAUUUGCAGUGUUCGUGAACAAGAUGCAGUAGUGUAUCCUGACCUAAAAUCUCCAAAACUCUACAUACCAGAAAGCUUUCUUCUUGAACUAAAAGCCUUGAAUUGUGCCUUUUAAAGGCACUGCACCAAACGUCCCUGUAUGUUUGACAAAACUUUGCAUCAGCAGUCUAAAUCCAUCCAUCUCACACACCCACUUUGUUUUUUGUUUUUUUACACUUUAAGCUCUACACUCCCAGGCUUCAAGCAAACAACCAAACCUUUGUACAAAUGGGAAGUGAUGUAAUAUAGAAAAACAAAGGCCCUGAGUAUUCUGGUCAGGAAAAAAAUAUGGUUCUAAUUAAAACACUAGCUAAUAUGAAAUUCAGCCUCUACUUCCUUGCAUUCUAGACUGGGGAUUUAACAAUUAGGAGUGUUUCUAUCACUCAUCUUCCUGUGUUUAUUUUGUUUCAUCUUAUUGCCUUGCUCCCCUUAUCCCAGUUGUUUUAUUUGUGAAAUAUUAAGGAUGGGGUGUACUUUGUUUGGUCCCUGUUGAAAAUAAUGUAAUAAAAAGUAGACUGUGUUCUCCCCAGAAACCA